AUGCAUCUCUCACCGCCCCGACUGGAGUCCAGCGCAGGGAGGCAGUGGUUGGGGGGGGAGGCGGGUUGCCAAGUCCCAACGUUGGGUUCUCCCUCCUCCUUCUUCUCCUCCUCCUCCUCCGCCUCCUCCCACCCCCCAACCGUCCCAGCCGCCACCAGCAGUCCAAAUACCAGCUCAAUCGCAGAGACCGCGGCGCUGCGGCUGUUGCUGCUGCUGCUGCCGCCGCCCGCGGGCGCGUCCUCUGCAGCCCCCAUUCGGGCCCAUCUCGGCGGGCGGAGAAAGUGGCUUUUCCAUUCGAAACGCUACUGGGCAGCCAGGGCAGCUGAGGACAGGCCGGAGGGACAGGCUUAUCCCUGCCCCUCGCUGCAGUCGGCAGGGGAGAAGGGCAGGGGACAAGGGCGGCAGGCGAAGGGGGAGGUUUGGAAGGGUUCGGGAAGACGGCUGUUCUCUGGGAGGCGCUGCCGCUGCAGUUACUUCUCCCCUCCUCCCUCCCUCCUCCUCCUCCUCGGAGAGUUGCCGAGAGCCCCAACCAAAACAAGCCGCGGCGUCUGGCUCUGCGCGCCGGCCCCCUCCGACCGCGCCGCCGUCUCACUCAGAGGAGAAAAACACGUGACGGAGCCUCCGCGCUCGGCAGCCGGGCCGCCGCCGCCGCCGCAGCCGGGAGGCUCCCGCCCGGGUCUCUACAUUCCGGGCCGAUCCCGCCCCGCGCCCGCCCCUCUCCGCCCCCCGGCCUUGCCGCAGCGGCGCCCGCGCCGAGCCCCCGCGCAGCGCUAGGACAGCGCCCCUGUGCGGCCACCAGCUCGCGCGCAGCGCCUCCCUCCCCGUGCGCUACCCAGGGCGCCCCAGGCCCUCAGGAAUCCCCGCGGCGGGCGCGGGCGGGGGUGUUUGGGUGGCUACCCGAAAGCACGAGGGGAGUCUGGGAAAACGGGAGGGGGCGAGCUCGGGAAGACGCAGGAGUGAGGGUGGGGGCGACGGGGGGGUACUGCGGCUGUGGAGCCCCUAGUGGGAGGCCCGGGGGAGGCGGGGGCGCGGGAGCUGGGUUGCCUCUUACCUAGCAGGUAAGAUCGACCCGCGGGAGGGAGGUUUCUAUUCAAGGCUGUUUCUCCCAGAAAAUAUACAAGCUAGAUUUCGGCUUCAGGGUGAUAGGCCAUGGUGCGGGGAUCCGUAUUUUUGUAAGGUUUUCCAAAGGACUUCUGGGCCAGCCUUCCACCUUGGAAUCCCUGGAUUUGCUGCCGUGAGGUUCCUGGAAGGAACAGAGGGACGCCCAAGGGCAGUGACUGGGGGCAGUUAUGGUCACUGCCAAAGGAGAACAGGGAUUUCCCAGGAAGCUGCUGAUCAGUUAGGGAGAAACUGUAAAUAUCACCUUUUCUCCUAUUCCCCUGGCCUAUCCAUUUGAGGGGGAUUCACACCUAAGCCUCAGGGCAUGGGGGAGGGGAAAUGAAAGGUCCCUUAUCAUAUUACGAAGUCUCUCCGUGACUUUAAAAAACUGUUACGGACUUACAGAGGAUUCAUAAGGCCAAAACCCGACUAUGCAAAUAUUGGCUGAAAUGUUUGUUUCACACACAGCUUCCACACCCAUUGAACCACCCUAUAAAUGUUUAACCUUGACCACAAGGAUAAUCGGGAGAAAACAAGGAUGGUGCCAGCUCAACAGUACAGGAAAAUGGGUACUUCAUGAGUGUACCAGGUCCGCAGCCUGGGUCUACUUGAAGCUCCUCUUUCAGGGUUACCUUGCGGUACCAGUCUCCCCACAAGCAAACGCUCCCAAGUUUUUUGUUGUUUUAAGCUGACCUAUAAACAAACAGUUUGUCCCUGCUUGCUCGCCCGGCACUAAGGAUCCACAGAGAUGUCACUCGGUUUAAUGUUGUCGCAUGUUGAUGCCUGACUCGUUUGGGGUUGCCGCCCCUUUUCCAAGCCGGGACCCUGCUCAGCCUCCGGCUCCCAGGCACUGCAGGAUGCUGGUGGGGCAAGCAGCAGUCCAAGCGCUGGGCAUGCUCAGUGGCCGGGACCCGCCGGGCCGCAGGGGAGCGCGCCUCGGCCCAAUGCGGGCUGAGGGGCGGGGCGAGUUUCCCGGGGUGGCCUGCUGAUUGGUGGGAUGGCCUGUUUUUCAAGCCUCGCACUGCAGAGGGAAGGUGGGGAGAGGGGGUGAGGGUACCAAGGUAGGUUACAAAGCGUAGUAAAAAAAGAAAAAGAAGAAGAAGAUGAUGAUGAAGGAGAAAAACAACCAUAGGCUCCAUUCAGAGGCGUGCGAUACGUGAAUUAGGGAGAUCCGGCAUCUGCAAAGGGGCUCCUCCCCACCUAAGCCUGGGAGCCUCUGGUUUCUCCUCUCCCCUUCCUGUUCCCGGUGGUCAUGCAGCUUCAUCUAAACCUGGUUAAUCUAUAAUUUGAGUACACAUGUUGCAUUGAAAGCCCUCCCUUCUUUUUCUCUGACAGCUUAGUGAUGUGGGCACACGUGCCCACUACAGCAAGGCUAUUAAUAGCAGAUAUUAGGAAAUGGAAGCGAGGCGACACAGUGACCGAAAUUCUGGGGAGUAUAGAGUGCCUUAUGGGGGGCGGGGCAGGGAGGUGCGGAAUAGAGACGCCUGAAGUUGGUGGAAAAGCGUGACUGUGUACCUGGUUUUACCCUAGACAGGAAAAGAGCGAGAUAAUAAAAGGGUUGUUUACUAGUAAUAGUGUAAUCCAGAUAAGGCCAAAGGGCUUUUUACAGGUUUGACGCUUAGCGCUGGGAUGGCGGUAGUGGAGUAUUUCACAUUUUGUAAGACUACAAAUCAAAUCCAUAGACAUUUACUUUUCAAAUUGCCCCGUCCCUACCUCCGUCCCUCCAGACCCCCAGAAAAGCUAAAUAAAGGUACUGUACCUCUAUCUAUAGGAGAAAAAUACUCCUUUCUGGAAGGAGGAAAUGGUUGGAAAUUUUAUUUACACAUAUUUUACAAUAAUCUUCAUAGAAAGGAUUUUGAUCAUAAAAACCUAAUUAUGAUAAAACGUUUUAAACAUAUAGCUCUCAGUGUUAAAGCAUUUCUGCUUUAAAAAAUCACAAUUUCAGUUGCUAAAUAUUCGAUAAAAAUUAUGAAAUAAGCCGCACGGUGCACUGAAAUAUUAUGUUCAGACCAAUGGGUUUCCUAUGGAAGAUAAUCACUGAUCAUAGGAUAUUAGUGCCAUUUUUUCUACUUGCUGAUGUUUUACUACCAAUUUAAAUGUGGCUAAUAUUUGUUAUAAUUAUACUACAGUACCUUCAAUUGUUCGCUGCAUUUUUUACUACUGGGCUGAGAUAACUGGAAAUUGAUUUACAUUUGGUUCAUGCAAUAUAUAGAAUAGAAAGAGACCCGUUUGUGGGAUCUCACUGAAGUAAUGCUGAGCAGGUGUGAGUAUUAUUCUGUCACCCAAGCUAAAUUAGUCUUUUGGUGUAUUAUAAUGAAAUACACUGUAUGAAAAAUUUACUCCUCACUGAAAAUUCACAGAACAGCAAAGCAACCUAUAACGGAAAUAUGUUGCUCAAUGCUGCCAUCUAUAGGAGAGUUACAGCCGAUUUGUGUAAUACGCUAAGGUGCAUUUUAAGAGAGCUAAAAUAGUGAUUGGUCACAGCAUUGCAACAACUAUGUUGAUGUCACUAAUACAGUUCUCAUUCAAGGAGUUAAGAGUUUACAUGCUUGGGGCAAUGUGUCUACAACUAGCUUUAAAAUUGAAUUAUUGGUUUAUGUAUGAUAUAUAUCCAUAAAGUGCUUGAGCUGGGUGGAUGUAAAACUAAACAUUUGAAAAUGAUAAAGCACAUCAUGUCUUGUGUCAAAACAAAUGUUUUCCUUAAGAUGUAUGGGUCAUAACUGGAGGAGCUAUUUAAAUACUGACAUCUCUUAGAAUUGCUUUUGGCGAUUUAGAACAGUGCUUGAAGGACAAUUGAAAUGUGGAUUUUCUCACUUUAAUGUCUAUUUGUAUUUUAAGAUGGCUCAAUAGUAAUAGGCAUUUAAAUGCCUACUCUGGAAGGCAAUAUGAAAUAUAUAAAAAGGAGACAGCUUCUUAUACCUUUGAUGGAGUAACAAGAGAGUACAAAAUAACAAUAAUUAAUGACUAAAAUGUGUGUGUGUGUGUGUGUGAGAGAGAGAGAGAGAGAGAGAGAAAGACAGAGAGAGGAAGAGAGAUAUCAAAUGACAAAUAAGUGGUGUUUACUUCCAUGAUGGAUGAAAUAACUAAAUAAAUCUUUACAGAAGAGAGGAACUUUAAGCUUGAACUUAAAGUGAGCUAUAACUCAGAUAAAUGAUUGGCAGGUUUUUUCCCCACACAAGUUUUUUGGAACGCCAACUUGUGUUAGGCAUUAGGCUGGACACUGAGAAUUUAGAUAUCAAAGACAUACUACCCACAGGAAGCUCACAUUGAAAAUAGCAGACAAAUGAACACAAUUACAGAGCACUAUGAUCUCAUUUGUGGAAAAAAUAGGCACAGGGCAAAUGAGAUCACAUAACAACCAAUUGCCUUCUGACGUAAACAUUCUAAUUUACAGACAGUACAAUUUGGGAGUCUGAAAGGUACCUCUUCCCUUAAAAACUUUGUUUUCUCAUGUAAUUGAAAUCUUUCAUCUACUCUAUUUUAAAAAUAUAAACUAGACUAAUUAAAAGUGAGCUGGAAAGUAACACUUGGCUUGCAAAUCUGCUACAUCUGCUAUAUCUCAAAGCCACAGAUCUUGUUAAAAUUCAGGUUCUUGUUAAAUGCAGAAGGUCGAGGGCAGGCUGAGAUAUUGCAUUUUUAACACACACUAGGUGAUGCUGAUUCUGCUGGGUAAGUGGCAGAGUUCUAAUGACUGAUGAUUAAUUAAAAGGCACAAUAAUUUCAUGCUGUGAUAUGAAAGCAGGGCACUUAUAUUUUAGUAUUAUAUACAUACAAAGAGAACAAUAGCAAGAAAAAUUCUACUUAGGCAUCAUUGUAUUUGGGCUUCUCUCUUCUCAAUCGCAGGCAUCAAAUCUUUCUGAUAAGCAUGAAGAGUUAUUUUCGAACAGUUGUGUUAGUGUUUUCCAAGGUGUGAUUAAAAAUGGAGAUUUCUUACCUCAUCCCAGUCCUACUGAACCAAAAUCUCUUAGGGAAGGAUGGGCACCCCCUAAUUUACAGUUUAAGCAGCAUUACAAUAGAUUAUUAUUUACAUUAAUAUUUAAGAAUCAUUGGCUUAAACACAAAGAAAAAAAUGUCAUUAUGUACUUCUGGAAUUAGCAAAUGCACAGCCUUAACCAGUCAACAAAGAUCUUCACCUGUGGGCUGUUUUCUACAGCUGAGUAGUAAACCAGCUGUAACCCAAACCUGCAUGAGUCUCCCAAUAUGAAUUGAUUUUCCUUUGAAGAAAAUCAAUUACUGGCAAUCAGCUAGUGAGAAUCCAGUUCUGCUCUCAUUUUAAUUUCAUCCCUCAUCUAUUCUAGGGAACUGAGGGAAAAUAAAGGCACCAAGAACUAAUAUGGGAUUUCAGAAAGACAGUAAUGCCCUCAAGAGAUGAUUUCAAAACACUUGCUGUUUUGGGAGUAAAUAAAGCAUGAAAUAAACAGAUGGAUGAGGUUGGAGGAAAUGCAGGAGGUUAAACUCCAUGCCAUUGUUUAAUUCUUUCACUUCAGAAAUUCUACUGAUUGAUUGUUGAUUUUGGGGGGUUAAAUCCAUAACUGAUAUUUGUCUAAAAGACUAGGUCCUGGUCCACGCAUGGUAACUCAUGCUUCUAAUCCCAGCAAUUUGGGAGGCAGAGGCAGAAAGAUCCUUGAGCCCAGGAACUCAAGGUUGCAGUGAGCUAUGAUCAUGCCACUGCACUCUAGUCUGGGUGACAGAGUGAGACUUUGCUUCUAAAAAUAAACAAAAAGACAGACUAGCUUUCGCUUUU